AUAUUCCAACAAAUAAGUUUAUUUAUACAUACCAACCUUGGAACAAACAACAUUUUUCCGUUUCUUUUCUUUUUCCAUUUCUCCAAUGUUCAAGUUGUUGGAAAGAUUGUACAUGUGAUCUUUCUCUCUUUCCAAACACACAAAACUCAGAAAGAUUUGUUAUUAUUAUUUAAACCAUUUUCUGUGUAUGCUGACACAUUCUCUCUCUUCAAAGCUCUCUGCUUUUGCUCUGUUCUUUCUCCAAUGGCGACGACUUCAGCCCCUUCUUCUUACCCAUCUUGUUUCUCAAAACCCCAUUCGAAUUUGAAGGAUUUGAACAAGACCCAGUUGAGCUACGCUCCCAUACUCCAAGCCAAGCUAACCAAACAAUGGAGAGGUUUUUCAAGCAUUGGAAACGGACCAAGAAUCAGAAUACCCAACAAAACAGAGCAUUUUGAGAGAAGAAGAAGAAGAAAUGAUGGGGUGGUGAGGUGUACGGCAGAGGGAUUAGAAAGAGGAAUAUUGGUUGGAGGAGGAAGAAGGAGUUCUUCUUCUACAGAAAAAGUCAAAGUCAACGUUCCAGAGAGACUUAAGGUGGUGGCUAUGGUGGCUGCCGUUAUGUGUUUAUGUAACGCCGAUAGAGUCGUUAUGUCUGUGGCCGUCGUUCCCUUGGCUGCCAAGCUUGGUUGGUCUAGCUCUUUCUUAGGCAUUGUUCAGUCGUCUUUUCUAUGGGGAUACAUUUUCUCCUCAGUGAUUGGAGGGGCAUUAGUGGACAAAUAUGGAGGAAAGAAAGUGAUGGCAUAUGGUGUGGCUUUAUGGUCUUUAGCUACUCUCUUAACACCAUUGGCUGCCAACCACUCGACAACAAGCCUCUUAGCUAUUCGGGUCGUCUUUGGACUUGCUGAAGGUGUAGCCUUUCCCUCAAUGAGCACUCUCAUAUCCAGGUGGUUUCCAACGCAAGAAAGAGCGAGUGCGGUUGGACUAUCUAUGGCUGGAUUUCAUCUUGGCAAUGUUGCAGGGUUCCUACUUACUCCAAUAAUGCUGUCAUCGAUGGGGAUGUCAGGUCCAUUCAUUCUCUUCUCGUCGUUUGGGUUAGUCUGGUUGAUGAUAUGGGCGUUAAAGGUAUCAAAUGACCCUAAAGAUAGCUCUUAUAUCAGCAAAUCAGAGCUUCUUUUAAUCCAAGCAGGCAAAACUGAUUCUCCAGUAAAAAAUGACAAAUUCCCACCUCUGCGCCUUCUACUAUCAAAGUUACCGACAUGGGCAAUUAUUUUUGCUAAUGUAACCAACAAUUGGGGAUACUUUGUUCUUCUCUCAUGGAUGCCUGUCUACUUUAAGACUGUAUUUAAUGUGAACUUGAAGCAAGCAGCAUGGUUUAGUGCCGUUCCAUGGGGAACAAUGGCGGUUUCUGGCUUCAUUGCAGGCACAAUAUCAGAUAACUUAAUCAAGACAGGAUACUCGUUGACACUAGUUCGAAAGCUCAUGCAGUCCAUCGGUUUCAUUGGACCCGGAGUGGCAUUGCUAUGCUUGAACUAUGCGAAAACACCUAUAGCUGCAGCCGUACUCCUCACCAUAGCUUUGAGCUUAAGCUCUUUCACCCAAGCUGGUUAUUUCCUCAAUAUGCAAGACAUAGCUCCUCAAUAUGCUGGAUUUCUCCAUGGGAUUUCAAAUUCGGCGGGGACAUUGGCGGCCAUCAUCAGCACCAUAGGAACUGGAUAUUUUGUCCAAUGGUUAGGAUCAUUUCAAGCAUUCUUAACUGUCACAGCAGCUCUCUAUUUCGCUGCAGCCAUAUUUUGGAACCUUUUUGCUACUGGAGAACGCGUCUUUUAUGAUUGAAAUUUCAAGAAGCCGAAACGAAAACAAAAAAAAUAAUUUUAUUAAUUUAUUAAUUUUUUUUUCUUUUUGAAUAAUUUAAUUUUAGAAGAGUGAAGUAUUAUCAGUGUAAAAUUAUUUAUGUUUAUUUCAUUUUUUUUUUGUGGGGGUCCGUACAACAAGCAAGAACACUUUGUUGUUUUUCAUUUCCUCCAAUUGUAUGCAACUUGUACAUGUAAAAUUCAGUUGUGAGAUGAAAAGUAAUAGUGAAACUUUUAACAUGAA